AUGUCAGCUUGGUUUCGCCGUUCUGUCUCUCUUUUGUUACUAUCUUACUCUGCUUCUACCGCCUUAGCAUUCUGCGAGUGCGGAUACUCCGUUAACUCCACCUCUGGUCCCGACCAUUCCGUCUUCACGGAGCUGCAAGAGACCGAUUUCCUCCACAUUAGCGAUCUUACCGACGACAUUGGAUGGCGGCCCCAAGUGUACAAGAUUUCCCGCGAGCAAGCUCGGGGUUCUUAUGGCAAGAAUGCGCAGCUCGAGAACGUGCUAGCCAAUCCGUUGAAAGACAAAAAUUCCUGGGCGGGCCCUAGUGUCAAUGACAGCGAUGCGGGGCUGCAGCUGUGGGCUCGCAGCCAGCCGGAAGAUGAUACGAUAGGGAUGGGCGAGGUCGCGUCAGAGCGGACAGACAUGUGGUAUGGCAGCUUUCGGGUAGGCAUGAAGAUGUCUGCUGUGCCAGGGACGUGUGGAGCGUUUUUCUGGUUCCGCAACAACACCCAAGAGAUCGACAUGGAAUUUCUUUCGAAGCAAUUCAACGAGACCAGCAACCCCAUCAACCUUGUCCUGCAAUCUCCCGCCUCCCAGGCUGCCGGCUUCGACGCGCAAUACACGCCCAACUUCGAUGUCUACCCACUUCCCUUCAACCCCACCGAGGGAUUCCACGAGUACCGCUUCGACUGGCUGCCCGGCAGAGUCUCCUUCUACGCCGACGGCCAAUGGCUCCGCGACAUGACGCUCGAGACACCAGACAGCCCCGGCCAUCUCGUGCUCAACCACUGGAGCAACGGCGACCCGCUCUGGUCCGCCGGCCCGCCCGCAGAAGACGCUGUUAUGACCGUUUCAUACGUGAAGGCGUACUUCAACUCGUCAGACCCAGACCGCAUUAGCAAGUACGACAAGCGCUGCGACAACGGCGAUCGCGACAAGGUGUGCCAGAUUCCGGAUCAGAUCACGGCGCCGGAUCCAGCGGGCGCGAACGGCAACGAGACGGCAAGGACGUACUUCUUCACGCAGGACAAGGAACACACCCCUCACCAGAUCCUCUACGAUGCGCCGGAUAACCCGUUCUACAGCGGCGCUGGUGGGCGACAAUCAGUCAUCUCCUCCUCGUUCUCGGCAGCCGCGGUGGCGUGUAUCUUGGUGCUAGUGUCGCUUGUGGCGCUAUGA